CACCGCUACGUACAUCGGCUGAGCAGCCAGGGAGGAGAGGAGAACAACGGAGCAGCUACUUGAACCCAAACAAACAGUGUUAGCUAAUAGUGUACAGUUAUAAGGUAGUAAAAAGUGAGCUCGGUGUAGUGUUUGUUCAUCUAUAACUACAAGAUUACAAGAGCUUUCAGGACGGAUGCAGCGGUGAUAUACACUCCUAUCGGCAGCUGGGAGGCGGUGCUCUUUAGCAUUAGCUAGCCAGUUAGCUGGUUCUCUGACGGGAAAAGCUGCUGGUAACAUCAUUUCGACUGGCCACAAAACGAACACACAAAGGAAAUGUGGUAUUACUGAUAGGGACAGCUGUGUCGUAAUAUAGCUAAGCAAGUUAGUGGUUACUUUGUUGAGACCAUAGCUUGUACUACUACAUAGAUUGACUAACGUUAGCUAACUUAACUUAGCUAGCUAUUGUUAGGUCGUCUGAGGCGACAUCUGUAAAUACUGGAUUUGGGUAGCUUUAGCUAACAUAGCUAGAAAAACACAAUGAGUACCGAGGCUGCAGCGUCCACUAAACCCACUCCGGAGGAUGAUGGCAUGACAUGGUGGUACCGAUGGCUCUGCAAAAUAGCUGGGGUUUUGGGAGGAGUAUCCUGUGCCGUCUCAGGAGUGUGGAACUGUGUCACUGUGAACCCUUUAAACAUUGCUGCUGGAGUUUGGAUGGUGUUAAAUGCCUUUGUGCUGUUCCUAUGUGAAGUCCCAUUCUGUUGCCAGUUCAUAGAGUUUGCUAAUGCAAUAGCAGCCCGUGCAGACAAAUUCAAACCUUGGCAGAAAGCCUUCUUCUACUGUGGGAUGGCUCUGUUUCCUGUAUUCUUGAGUUUCUCUUUUACAACCUUGUUUGGAAAUGCCAUCGCCUUCGCUACAGGAGUUCUGUACGGCCUCGCCUCUUUAGGCAAAAAGGGAGACGCAGUGACUUAUGCCAGACUGCAGCAUCAGAAACAGGCAGAUGAAGAGAAGAUGACAGAAACGGCAAAUGGGGCUCCGGAGUAAGGCAUCUGCCUUUCCACCCUCUUCCUCUAUUUUCUUCAGUUGUUACCGCCCUCCAUCCAUCCUACCUCUUCCUCCAUGCUUCUUUCCUCUUUCCCAUUUCUGUCACUACAUAAUUAUGGUACUGAGUUUACUUAUUUACUUACACUGCUGCAUUCUUGUUGUCCUGACCUAAUAGUAUCCAAACGGAUUGGCGUUGGAUUAAGUCCAUUACUUGGUACUUGGUGUGUAAAUGGGAUCUCUCAUUGUGACUCGAUACCAUAGAUGGUAUGUUUUGCUUUUCAUGGUUUAUGGUCUUCUCAUGGGUUGUAUUUAUUUUUAAAUUUUUUUCCCCUUUUGUUGUUUGUUGCUGCUGUCAGUUGUAAACCCGUUUUCUGCACGAAAAAUGUGAGGUACACCUUUCUAGCCCAAGAACAUUUCAGGAAAUCCUUAAACUAAAUUAAUGUGAAUGUAAAAUGUACAUAAUUAACUUAAGGUUAUCAGGUUAUUCACUAUGACUUUGAGGCUGAUUCAAAUGUGUCUCACUUGGAGAAUGAAGUGGGUAAAGAUAAGUCCAAUGGUAACGUGGGGUUCAGACUUGUUUUAGCAGCAAACCCAAAUAUCGAUAUCCGCUCUUUUGCAGCUCUAACCUUAUUAUCAUCGGAAAGUAUUGGCCAGUGGGGUUUCCAAAGCCUGUUGCGUUAACUCUGCAUUUAAUCCGAAGAACCUACUUUAAGCAGUGAAUGUAGAUGAUACAAGUCAACUUAGUUAUCAGUGAAAACUUGUGCUACAAAAGUUCUACUUUAAUUUAUAAUGGGGGUCUUAUUAAACUUUAUUGUAAUAUUUAUUGAAAAAAAAAAAGUUUUUCCUCUGAGUCCCAAAAUGUACCUUCACUGGACUACUUUUGAGUAAAGAAAAUGGGAGGGAUUUUGGUAUUACAGUAUUCUACCCACUGUGCAGACGAAACAGCCUGAAUGCAUUUUAAAAUAUACAUAGGCAUUAGAGAUAUGUUUAACAUUGGGGAAUGUACCUGGUAUACCCAAAGAUAAACAAGGUAUUCUUUCAUAUAUUAUUUGUUCAGUUGGUUUAAGCUCAGCUGGGGAAUUCCUGCACUAAACUUUUGGUAGCAUGGACUCCGGUAUAGAGGGAAUUUUUAGGAACAGCUUUCAGUGCAUGUGUCAGCUUGUGUACGUAUGUAUGGUUCCUCAUGAUCAAGCAGCCGGUAGCUGUGUCGUGGCUGCAGAUUUUGUGGUACAUUAUGAAUUGGAAAACUGUGCUUAUUUUUUCUCCUUUUUGAAAACAUGUAAAACAACGUUUUAGAAUAUGUUACUGAAUAUCUGCUGUGUUUAUUAUGAGUCUUAAUUAGUACACUCUACCAAAAUCCAUUACAAAUUCAAUGAGGGAGUAGUGUCUUGAUUCAGGGAAGAUUUAGUCUGUAUCUCACACAAUCACCAGAGCCAUGGUUUGCCUUUUGUCACUCAAAUGAGGUAUGCAGCGUUCAGCAAUGUACGAUUUGUGUUUGUGUUUUGUUGCCUUGCCUCUGUUGUGUAAAAAGGAACUUUGGGAAUAAUUGUUUAUACGUACCUCUUACAGCUGUUUCUAUCCUAAAUCUAUUACUGGCUGGUCAGUGACUGAGUGGAUUAUUCACAAAUUACCACCAGUUCUCAGGUAUCAUACUUAACAAUGCACCGUGAACAGAUACAAAGUAGUUUAUGAAUAGAUCAUAGAUGUAUGGGACCUAGCAUAAGCAUGACUAUGAAAUUAGGAUGUCAUUUGAGCAGAUGGAAAAGCAUUUGUGUAGCAUUUUAAACAUGCACAACCAUCGUUCACAAGUGAUUAAACACUACACAUACACACCAGCAGUAUGCUACAGUUAGACACUACACACUUCCUACACUAUAGUUUUAAUAAGAUGUAAAAUAAAACUCCUUGCCUUGUCCACAACCAUCCAUCCAGUUUUAUUUCAUUGCAGUGACGUGCAUCCAAGACUUGAGUGCAUAUUUUGCUGUAAGGGAUAUGUGUAUAAUGUGUGUUGUGAUGUGAAUACUGAUCCUGUUUAUCAAUUCGUGAAUUAAACAAACUUGCUACUACUA